GUCAAGGUUUCGAACGUUUCAUGAACACAGCCUCACCCCGUGAAGUCUAUCCGAAACCCACUCCCAGUACAUUUACCUUCUACAUUUGCUUGGAGGGUUCCGAGGGUUCCUCGAAACUGCGUUUGAGAGAGGAUAACAGUGCUGAGAUCCGAAAGAGGCAGCGAGUAGAGAGCUUGUCCACUGAAAGGACGCUUCCACAAACGAUCGAUGAUGUUUUGUCAAAUGAUACCAAUCUGCAGCUGAAGGCUACCAGACAGAUUCGAGAAUGGCUCUCCAUCGGUGUGACUAAGACUGCUUUUGCUGAUUUUAUUCAGUUUCCGUAUUACUUAGGACCAGGUUAUUGUACGUGCCAUCUUGAAUUGCUGGAACUCGGAUUUACCUUUAGCCAGAGUUUAUUAGUUUAUCAGAGGAAGACAAAGCAUGGAUGAUGUUUUAACUUCAAUACCACACAAGAGGAGGGUGAUUUGUGUGGUGUCCAAUUUUUCGCGUGCACAGAUCAU